GUGCAUUCCUUCAUCUCAGGGUGCUGACCCACUACAACUAUGUUGGAACACUUUCCUCAAAAACCAGUAAAGAUGGCGUAGGCAAGAUUGAAUUUUGGAGACAUGGCAGCAGUUCAAAGCUCUGCCUUUGAGGACCAAAACCUGGGGUCAGGCCCGGAUGAGGAUGAAAUCUCAUUGUUGGAAGAAGACUCAGACUCUGGAAGCUUGCUCUCCGAUGAUUCUGUUCUCCCUUAUUAUGAACAAGAGGAAAGGACAAAAGGAACUGCCAACACACUAUAUGAGGCUUGUGUCCAAAAUGACCCAGAGGCACUGAAGAGAGUGUUGGAACGAAGUGUGACCUAUGAUGAGGUCAUGGAAGUUGAUAUUAAUGGCAGGAAUGGACUGAUGGUGGCUGCAUAUAAAGGCUUUCUUCCCAUUGUUUAUGAGCUGCAUGGCUGUCCGCAUCUGGAUAUUAACCACCAAGACAAUGACGGCAACACUGCUUUAAUGAUCGCAGCUCAAGCUGGUCAUGUCUCUAUAUGUAACUACAUCAUGAAUUACUUCCCUGGAGCAGAGACAGAGAUCAGAGACAACAGAGGAUUCACUGCCCUCAUUAAAGCUGCCAUACAGGGCAGGAAUGAUGUGGCGGCAGCUCUAAUAAUGCACGGUGCUGAUGUAAAUGCUGUAGACUCCAACCGUGGUAAAUGUGCACGUGACUGGGCACUGAAAACAGGUCGCUUUGACACACUGAAUCGUCUGCGCCACCUUGCGCUUCAUCCCACAGCUGAACAGUUCUGUGACACCUACGUCCCAGAGUGGCCCGACCUUAAGGUGCUGGUCAGCAAAGCAACAGCCAGUAAGAGUGCUGGCCAGAAGCUGACUCAUCAUCUCAAGAGUACUUUUGGUUUCAGUUUCCCACGUGACCCGCAGGACAAUGGUGUCAUGGAUCACAUGGUGCGAAUGACCACCAGCCUACGCAGCCCGCUCAUAGCCACGGCCACACGGCCACUGUGCCCAAGCAGCCCUCCGCAGAUGGGUAAACGUCGACUUGCUGUGGCUGAGCUGAUGCAGAAGCACUCACAGAAGCAGCUGGAAGAGGGUUCACUGUGCCAUCGAAACAGCUCCAUCACCUCCAUUUCUCCAUCUGUCCACUCAGCUGAGUCUGUCUCUUUGUCCUGCUGUGCCACUACAGGGAGGCGUGGCAGUGUGCUGUCUAUUGCUCAGUCUGGAAUGCGCACAUUCAUUCCUUGUAGCGUAGCGUCAAGGCGUAACAGUGUCUUCCCCUCUGGUUGUAUCCCACAGAUCAAAGUUACCAAAUCCUCUGAGCCCACCCCAAAAAAGGAGAAGAAGAAAAAAAAGCAGAAAGGCUACCUGGAGCCUCCAAAGUGGAAGUAUAAGGAGGCUAAGGAUGAGAAGAAGAAAGAGAAGAAAGCGUUGAAGGAAAAGGAAGAGAAGGAAAAAGAGUUGAAAAGCAAAGACAAGGAUAAAGGAAAAAGGAAAAAGCGUGAUAAUUAAGAUGGGCUCUUUAAAACUCUCAAUAAGGUUGUAGAUGCCCUCUGUGUAAUUGUGUGUGAGGAAAUGCUUGAUA